CAUCGAACAGUGUCCAUUCAUGGUUAAAACCUAUUAUUCCUAACAAUAACAGAUCCUUGCAGACAGGCUAGAUCUAGCAGCAAAGCUGGGUUUGUCUGCAGCCAUGCUGGGUUUCUCUUCACUAAGCCUACACAUUAAGAUGUUCCCAAAGGAGCACAGCCAUGGUGUAAUGAAAUUAGUGGUGAACACAGUCCCUAUAGUAAUAACGACAGCUCCCAGAGGCGGGAAGUACGAGCUUAUCUCCUGCACCUGACGUCUCCAGCUCUGACAAGUGACUGCCCUGUGCCCACACACUCGCCGCAGCAACCGACCUGACACGUCCAUGUCAGUCAGAGCAUAUCCCUAAAUAGAUGUACGCUUUAAAUUGGUUUUACUUUUAUAUGAUUGACUUCUGUGAACUCUUUGCACAGAUGCAGGUAAAAGUACCAGAGUGAUAAAGAUGUUGACGGCUUAAGACAAGUAUGGCUUCUGCUGGUAAAAUCUGUCAUCAUGCCAUCGUGAAUGGCAAUUCCACUCCUGGGGAAUUGGCUCUUGAACCGUUGAUUAUGUGCAAGCUAUGCCUGUGUGAACACCCUCUUAAUAUGAUGACCACCCUUCGAGAAUGCAGCUGCAUCUUCUGCACAACGUGCCUGAGGCAAUAUGCACAGUUGGCAGUUCGUGAAGGAUUUGGUUCUCCCAUCAGUUGCCCAGACAUGGUGUGCUCGAACCGGGGUCGUCUUCAGGAAGCAGAGAUUGCCUGCUUAGUAUCCAUUGAACAGCUACAUUUGUAUCAGCGUUUAAAACUUGAACGAGAAGUUCAUCUUGACCCUGGUCGAACAUGGUGUCCUACUGCAGACUGCCAAACAGUAUGCCAAGUUGAGCGAAGUGAUUCUGGUUUGCCUGUAUCAGUGGACUGCCAUGUUUGCCUUAUAAAAUUUUGCUCUGCCUGCAAAAGAACCUGGCACCCUGAACAUGUGUGUCAAGAAAAGCAGCCAGCUGUACAACCUGAAAAAGGGGUCCUUGUUGGUGCAGAUGUAGAUGCUUGUAUCAAGCAAUGUCCUGUUUGUCAUAUUUAUAUUGAGAGGAAUGAAGGCUGUGCACAAAUGAUGUGCAAAAAUUGCAAGCACACAUUCUGUUGGUAUUGCUUACAGAACCUAGAUAAUGAUAUUUUUCUAAGGCACUAUGACAAAGGUCCUUGCAGAAAUAAACUUGGACAUUCAAGAGCAUCAGUUAUGUGGAACAGAACACAGGUUGUGGGCAUCCUUGUUGGCCUAGGUAUCAUUGCAAUUGUGACAUCACCCUUACUGCUUCUUGCAUCACCAUGUAUAAUCUGCUGUGUCUGCAAAUCCUGUAAAGGAAAGAAGAAAAAACACAGUCCACCUCCCACAACUUAAUUCAGACAGAACUGUUACCUUUUGUAAGAUGUUUGAAUAAUCUGUCACUAGGCAUUUAUCAUUCAUGAACUUGUUAUAUGGAUGAGCAGCCCUCUAUAGGCUCAAUAAAUGAGACAACUUAUUUUUGAAUGUUUUAUUUUGGCAAAUAUACUGUUAGUUUUUAAAAACUGUUAUAUAUUAUACAGCCUAUUGACAUUUUAUGCUAUAUUUCUUUUGUUCUCUAGUUUAAAGGGGUAUUCCGGCUUUAGACACUUUAUCCCUUAUCCAAAGGUCCCUGCAGCACCCGCCGUUGCGCCCCCUCCCAUAGACAUGAGGGGGGGGGGGGGGGGGGUGACGUUUAGUCACUUCUCCAGUCCCGAAAACUUCUGGUUUCCGAGCCUGGAGACGCAGCUCCGCACAUAAUGCAGUAACUGCAGGGAGGUCGCAGAGGGUCCCAGUGGCAGACCCCCGGCGUUCAGACAUCUUAUCCCCUAUCCUUUUAGAUAGGGGAUAAAAUGUGUAAAGUCGGAAUACCCCUUUAAUAUCUAAACCUAUUUAUAUUUCAGAAAGGGCAAAGAAACUGACAUGAAAGGGUACCUGUUACAUUGAAAAUAUAGUCCAAUCUGCAGGCAGUGUCUCUCAGAGGAGACGCUGAUCAGGUUAAAAUAUGUAUAGUUUUGUGGGAAAAGAUCAGUAAUUACUUGUCAUUUAUUAAUGUAAAUCUUUGCUUAAGUAGUCAAGUGGGAGGUCCAACUCACUGAUUGUCAGCUAUAUUUAUUUAAUUGUACAUACAAGAGAGCUUUCAACCAUUGAAUAACAGCACCCACUUAUCCCCACAAAACUAUCUAACAGUAUGGUCAGCUUCCCCAGCUGAAUAAAAUGAUGCUUGCAGAUUCCCUUUAAGCACAGCACUGUUGAAUGCAUUUUUGUUUCUAUUGGAGAUGAUUUAUUUUUAACACAUUUUGGUAUUAUUUUCGUUUUAAAAUAUGACUCAUUACUGUUUUCUUCCUAAUGUUAGGAAAAUAUUUCUUAUAUGCAAAAUGUGCAAUGGGUUCAGAGCUUUUUCACUGCAUAAUAUAUAUAUAUAUAUAAGCAAUUUAAAAAAAUGUAAGCAAAUGUAAAAAAAAAAAAUACAUGCUGUUUUUUAGAAAAAAAAUCCAUUUGUGCUAAUGUCAUGUAUAUUAGAGAAAUUCUAACACUUUACAAUAAAGCUGCACUGGUGGAGAAAUACUAAGGAUUUGUGUAUUGCAUUAAUUC